GUCAACAAAGGCACGUGAUUCCCGAACGCUCUCCCAUAUUUGGCCGCAUACCUGGCAAAGUACAGUAGGGCUUCAUUGCUUAUAAUUCAUGAUUGCAUCCAUAAAUCGUGCAAGCACACAGGAUUAUAGCGACAAAGAUCUACAAAUCGAGGCUUUAAAAAUCCAAGCAAAUGAGCUCUUACUUUGUAAACUCGUUCUCAGGGCGCUAUCCAAAUGGCUCCGACUAUCAGUUACUAAAUUAUGGGACUAACGGCGCUGUGAGCGGCUCCUUCAGAGACCCUGGCACCAUGCACUCCGGGUCUUUCGGCUACAACUACAAUGGCAUGGACCUAACCGUGAACCGCACCAACACCGGCAGCCACUUCGGGGCCGUGAGAGAGGAUGCCCGGGGAUUCGCGCCAGACGCCCGCUACAGACAGACACCCAACUGCUCGCUCUCAUCUCCAGAGCCGGUGCCGCCGUCGUGCGCCACGGCAAAUCGGGAGCCCCUGGAACUAAAAAGCCCCUCUCCUCCUUCUGACCGGAGCUCGACCUCGAGCGGCAACAAUCUCAACUCUAACAACAACGCUCAUUUCUCGGAGAUAGAGGACACCACCGUCGCAUCAGAGACCGAGGAAGGCGCACACAGCAGCGGCGGCUCCAGCUCGGCUCCUCGGGCGCAGCAGCAGCAGCAGCACCAAGACCCCAGCGCCACCUCCUCCACUCCCACAUCAAACGACUGCCAAUCGCCACAAAUAUUCCCCUGGAUGCGGAAACUGCACAUAAGCCAUGAUAUGACUGGACCUGAUGGGAAAAGGGCCCGAACCGCGUACACCCGGUACCAGACGCUAGAGCUGGAGAAAGAGUUUCACUUCAAUAGGUACCUAACCAGGCGGCGGAGGAUAGAGAUAGCCCACGCCCUGUGUCUUUCCGAAAGACAGAUCAAAAUCUGGUUUCAGAACCGCAGGAUGAAGUGGAAGAAGGACAAUAAACUGAAAAGCAUGAGUCUUGUAACAGGAGGCAGCGCCUUCCACAACUGAAUAAC